AUGGAACGAUCGUCAUCCCUCAGGAUGGAAUACCUCAAGAUCGCCCACCAGGUCAUCACAGAACCUCUGCUGUGCCACCUCAACCUCCUCACUCCAGGAGGCGGCGAUCCCACCUUUGGCCGCUCCGAGAUCCCGUAUUCGGCCGCCGAGCAUCGGCUCAUCUACUCGAACCCGGAAGUAUCUGCCAUCCGACGUCGUGUUCUCAUCCCUGCACACUCGCUGCUCGAAUCAGGUUCCUGGGACAAGGAAAAAUGGUCGUGGGUCACCUACUACAUCUGGACGUGCCCGGCUGCGCUCGAAUCCGAGCAGCUGCAUAGUGACAUCGUCAUGGCGCACGGCAUCAACGACUAUGCAGGCAAGCUCGCACCACAUGCACUGCAUUUUAUGAAGCGCGGCUUUAGGGUGAUUGCGAUUGACUUGCCCUCGUUCGGGCGUAGUACCGGUCUGCACGGGUAUCUGCCCAGCAUGAAGAUCAAUGCUAGAGCUAUGCAUGCUGUGGUGAUGGACGUCCGAACGUGGGAUGAGGAGAGCGGGUUGCUGGGCAGAGCGGGGAGGGAGAGGAAGCUUUUCGCUGAGGGGCACUCGAUGGGCGCUUUCACGGUGCUGUACUAUGCUGCGCUCUACCCACCGCUGAUGCCGGGCAAUGACGGUGGGCCCGACCUAAGCCUCAAGCAGGUGCCUAGCGAGCAAGCCAAGACGACCACAGACGAGGAUUUGGUGGAAGAAGCCCUUAGAGCACAUGAGCAUACCCCGCUAGCACACCACCGUCCCGAACACACCAACGGGUCUUCGUCCACCUCGUCCGCCGUCCUGCCCGGCAAACCAACCCCUUACCGCCCCAGCCUUUCCGGCGUCGCAGUCGCAGCACCCAUGAUCACCAUCUCGUCCCAAUCGCGCCCCAACAAGGCCAUUGAAUACAUCGCACACGUCCUCCGAUUCUUUGCCGGCCGUCUGCCCCUCGCCUCCGCCAUCAAGGGCAAUGUGUCGGACGAUCCACGCGUCGAAGAUGAAUUCAACGCGGAUCCGCUCACGUACAAGGGCAAGGUGCGCAUCUCGACCGGUCUGGCAAUCCUGGAUGGCAUCGACGACCUCGCUGCUAAGGCGCACCUCAUCACUUGCCCGCUGACGAUCCAUCAUGGUGCCAAUGAUAGGGUCACGGACCCGAAUGGGAGCAAGCAGUUCUUCGAGAAGGUGGGCACACCCAAGGAGCACAAGUCGAUCAAGAUCUGGCCGGGUUAUGAACAUGUCAUGAUGAAAAACGUGCAAGGCAUGUCGGAAGAAGAUACGCAAAAGACGCGCGCCGUGCUCACCGAGAUUGGCGACUGGCUCGUCGCUCAAGCGCGCAAGUAG